GCAAACUGUAGGUAGAAGUACUUUUGCUUGCCAGGUGUACUGCUUGUCAGGCCCUUGGUCUCCCCUUCCCCAUGCUGAUUCCGGUUUGCUAGCCAGAGGGCUUGCAUGUAGCCGCCCUAUCUAUUACUGUAUACGUUCAUAGGGACAGAAGUGUUUAGGCUUAUAAGGAGCGUUUCUUAACUUUGUCCUAGUGAGCAACUUCAUAUCAAGCCACGGAGGAGCUGAGCGUGGGGGGAACAUCCCGCCUUAGCAUCCCCUCGCGCGUCGGGCUUGCGUCAACGCCUUUCGGACCCCAGUUUACGGAACGUUUCUCAUGGAUGUCGACAUGCCUGCUGGCGAGCAAGCCAGCGCAAAUCUGGCGUCACAGGAGGCCUCGGCGCAGGCCACAUUGGGCCCUGCCUCUGCAGCCGCGCGCACGCCAGAUGGCAACCUGCAGCCUCCUGCAAGCAUCUCUGGGAGUGGAGCUAUUGCUGACAAAGAAACUGGGAUCGCGCAACAGCCAGCCGACGCCAUCACCCAGCCCGGUAAGCAGGCCUCUUUUCACCUCGGACCGCAGGUCCCUUCUCAUGACCCCACCCGAAUCCUUUCUCUGCAUCCCGCUUUUGCAUUCUAGCCCGGAUCUUAACACUGCCAUGCAUAUUACCAAUGUUGCUUGUCCAUGCAUAUUACCAAUGUUGCUUGCCCAAACAGCCGACCAUUCGGGACCGGCCGGCCCGCCUGCGCACCCAAGUACCCUACCACUACCACCACAACAACAGCUGACUGGCGCUGCUGCUGCUUCUGCUGCUGCUUCUGAGCAACCUGAGGACGCCGCAGCCGACACCAUCCCGACUCCAAUGGACGAAGACCCCCCACCGCCUCCCUUGCAUCUGUCACUUGAUCCCCCGCCGCCUGCCGACAGCGGCACAGGCCCCGCCGGGGAUGCGACUGCUGCUGCUGCUGCCGACCUGGCAGCGACAGCAGCAGCGCCCGGUGCCACCGCUACUGUGCCGGCCUCAAACGCUACCCAGGAUGACACGACCGCUAAACAACCCACGGAUGAUAGUGCAACAGCAACCGCAGCAGCAACAGGAACAGCAGCAACAGCAGCAGCAACCAAUGCCCCUGAUGCAACAACAGCAGCAGGUGCCGAACCGCGUCCCAACAAGCGCCGGCGUGUUGGAUCGUCCAACGGGGGCCUUAUCAAGGAGCUCAAAGGCCUCCUGGAUUGCAGCUUGUCUUUCGACGCACCCGCCUCCAGGGCUUCCAGAUCAGCCAGCCGGUUGUCUACGGCAGCGGCGACGACUGCGACGGCGGCGGCGGCGGCGGAAGCCCCGCAACCUGGGUCUCCGUCGGCGGCGGCGGUGGCGGCGUACGGAGCCGCGGCGCCGGCACCUCGCAGCGCCGCACUAGCCGCCGCCGCCGCGGUUACCAAGGCGCUCACGGGCGGAAGCAAGCGCAGUAACACCGGUACGGCUGGCUCUAGCGCUGGCGGAGGUGGAAGUGGCAGCGCCCGGAAAGCUGACGGCGGCGGCGGCGGAGGUACGGCAGGCGGUGAUGCUUCAUUAGAUGCCGCUGCCGCCGCCGCCAUGGUACCCGACGGUGCCAAUGCCUCAGAGCGUGCGAAGGAGGCUGCCCAGGCGGCAGCGGCGGCAAGACGAUCGGGCGGCGGUGAUCGGGCUUCCGCUGCUGCAGCUGGAAACAGCUCCGGCGGCGGCGGCGCACGUCCUCCAGCCGCCGGUAAUGGUAAGAAAAACGGCUCAAGCAAGCCAGCGACGGGGAGCGCCACGGCCUCGAAACCCCCUCGCGGGGCCAAGGGAGGCUCCUCUGCUCCCUCCGCCAAGUCAGAACCCCC